ACUCAUAGAUGUCUACUUAAAAUGCAUAAUUAUGUGUCUCAGCAGCUGCCAGAUUUAGGGGAGAACCAAGAAAUAUGUUUAGUUCCCAGGAAAAUAUGUGGUAAACCCUUUGAUAUUCUUUUGCCAGUUGCUUUAGUUUACACAAAAGAGUCAUACCGAGCAGUAAAUGGAGGACAGAAGGGGAGGAUGGGUAAAAGAAGGAACAAGGUUCUGUUCUGUAAUGAACCUCCUAUCUGAUGUUAAAUUGGCUGGAUUUUACUUUAACUAAGGACAACUAUGAGGAGAACAAGCUAUGUUCUUGCCCUUUUGGCUUUACCAGUGAGAAGCUGAGGUAUUGUGUACAUUAUUUGUCACUUGAACAGCCCUUGACUCAAACAUGGGCUUUGAGUAAUGGAUACAAGUGUUCUUUUAGCUUUAAUACUCUUUACUUCUUUCUAAUUUCUAAUGGACUGUGGAGUUGGUGAGCAGAGAACAUAAGUAAAAUAAUGUGAGGAGGGAAGCUCCUCAAUAAAAUUUCAGACCAGAGCUGCCUUCUAUUUUCUGCUUUAAAUGCAACUUUGAAAAAAAAAAGAAGAAGAACUGAUCCAACACUCCCACACAUAUACUGAAACACUACGUAAUACCCUUUCUCAUAAAACUCCACCCCCUUUGAAAGAAAUUGUGUUUCUUACUUUACUGUCUAUAUGUUUGAUUUGUACAACACUCACAGACAGAGGAGCUGAGACAUCCGUUCCCCCUACAAGAAACUCUGGUUCUUAUAGGAUGGAUUUGCAAGUGUCAAGUCCAACCUAUCUCUAUGAUAUUGAUUAUGGUAUGUCAGCACCCUGCCAAAAAACCAAUGUGAAACAAAUUGCAGCCCAGCUCCUGCCCCCACUCUACUCUCUGGUAUUCAUCUUUGGUUUUGUGGGUAACAUGUUGGUCAUUCUCAUCCUGAUAAGCUGCAAAAAGCUGAAGAGCAUGACUGACAUCUACUUGUUCAACCUGGCCAUCUCUGACCUGCUCUUCCUGCUUACUCUCCCAGUCUGGGCUCACUAUGCUGCAAAUGAGUGGGUAUUUGGAGAUAUAAUGUGUAAAUUAUUCACAGGGCUCUAUCACAUUGGCUAUUUUGGUGGAAUCUUCUUCAUUAUCCUCCUGACGAUUGAUAGGUACUUGGCUAUUGUCCAUGCUGUGUUUGCUUUAAAAGCCAGGACAGUCACCUUUGGGGUGAUGACAAGUGGAGUCACUUGGGUGGUGGCAGUGUUUGCCUCUCUCCCAGAAAUAAUCUUUAUCAAAUCUCAAAAAGAAGGUUUUCGUUAUACAUGUAGUCCUCAUUUUCCACACACCCAAUAUCAUUUCUGGAAGAGUUUCCAAACGUUAAAGAUGGUCAUCUUUAGCCUUGUUUUGCCCCUACUUGUCAUGGUCAUCUGCUACUCAGGAAUCCUCCACACCCUGUUUCGCUGUAGGAAUGAGAAGAAGAGGCACAAGGCUGUGAGGCUCAUCUUUGCCAUCAUGAUUGUCUACUUUAUCUUCUGGACUCCCUACAACAUUGUCCUUCUCCUGAUCACCUUCCAAGAGUUUUUUGGACUGAAUAAUUGCAGUAGUUCUAAUAGACUAGACCAGGCCAUGCAGGUGACAGAGACUCUUGGAAUGACACACUGCUGCAUCAACCCUGUCAUUUAUGCCUUUGUUGGGGAAAAAUUCCGGAAUUAUCUCUCAGUGUUCUUCCAAAAACACAUUGUCAAACGCUUUUGCAAGCACUGUCCAAUCUUCCAGCAAGACAAUCUUGAUCGUAUAAACUCAGUCUAUACCCGGUCCACAGGGGAGCAGGAAGUUUCUACUGGUUUAUGACCUGGGCUAAGUUUUGUGUAUCACUUGGUUUUUCUAUGUAGCUUGGGAGUCGGAAUGUUUUUUUAAAAAAAGAAGUUACUAUCAUUGAGGGCCUAAGAUACAUGCAUGUUUUGGAUAUUUAUUUUAGAUAGAUUGGGUCUUUUAAAGUCGAUUGAUUUUAGAAAGCCAAAUGAGAAUGUAUUGAUAAGGUAGCAAUUCCUGGUCUCAUUCCCGCUUACCUCCAGUUAUUGGCAAACUCUUCUUUAGCCACAAAAAUUCACUACAAAAAAAAAAAUUCCCAAGAACUGGGAGUCUUUUGAGCUUGACUAUCUGAACAGAAAUAACAACAUCAAUCAAGAAGAAUACCUUGUACAGUUUUUUCCCUUACAAGGCAAAAUUCAGGCUAUAUAUGUACUUAAAAUAGGUUUUUGUCUUGCCCUGAGAAGAAGAGAUGAGAGUGGGAUUAGUUAGGAGAUAGAUAACUAAGUUACAUGAAUUAGUUCUAUAGACUUGCAUGAUCAGGUGAAUUCUCUGUGACCUGGGAGGGCUGGAAACAAAUCCCUUUAUAAGAAGGGAUUUGAACUGGAUCAUAUGUUAGCAAAUGAGAGGGAAACCAUUCUUUGGGUGGCAUGACUGCACAAGCAAAGCAAAGGUAUACUUGUGGGUAGCUGGAAAGGCCAUGGAGAGAAAUGUCAAGGCUGGAUCAAAAUGCAUCAUGUCAGCAUUGCUCCUUCAAGUUAUAUGCAGGGUGGGAGCACCUGGUUAGGUUUGUACAAAGCCUAUUUCAUGGCUAAGAGUGUACUGACAAUGGUGAGCAUUUAGGGAAAGUAGAUCAGCAACAAUAAGGUCAGAGUGCAAUCAAGUCACCUAGACAGUGGGAAAGUACCACUUCUGCAUACAGAAUGUAGAGUCAGCAGAACUUGCGGUAAAUUUGAGGUAGAGGUGAACAAGAAGACCUAGGCUCAAGCACAUUGGAAUAAUUGUUGAAGAAACAACAAAUACAAAAGAAGAGUACAAGAAAGAGUCUGGUUUAGGGUAGUCUCAUUUUACAACCUGUUACCUCAGGCUAGCAUUUUGUUCCUUCCCUCAGACACAAAUCUUGCCAUACCAGCUUUGAAUCUUAAGGGGUAGCCAGGGGGCUGUGAAACACCUGGCAUAUGAAUCAUGAACCUAAAAUCUAGGAAUAAUAUGGACUCCUUGUGGAUUCUAGCUGAGGGUUGCUUAUACAGUUUAAACCCAGACCUUUACAACCUUGAGCAGAGGCCCUAAGAUAUGAGGGGAAAACAUCAAUUUUCUCUAUUUACCUAGCAAUCAUCAAAUCAGAGAGAUAAUCCAUCCUUUUAGAAACAAGUUGCUGUGAGCUUCAGAAGUCAUGAAAGUGUAAUUACCACCCUCUGUGUUCCAGGCUAAGUUUGAAGGCUUUAGUAACUCUUUACAGAUGGCUUCUUUACACAAGCAAUGCUAUUUUUAGCCACUGCAGAGAGAUUUAGGAUUUUUUGUUGUUUUUGCAGUUGCUAUUUAUGAUAUUGUUUUGAAUUUUGGAGCAGUUAAGAUCUUCAUAGUGAAGACUAAGGGAAGAAACAAAAGGGUGAGAAUCACUCAGAGGAUUAAAGUGUCUGGUUAACAAAAGGUGUUACUUGUUUUUCUCGAGCUCUGAAUGUGAAACCAGAGCCUUGUGGCUGUCAGCAAGGAGAUGAGCAUUUGCUUUUUUCUUUCCUGGAAUCCACAUUUUCUCCCCCAAUAUGUAGCUGAGACUAGACUCAAACUCAUGAUCCUCCUUCCUACAUCUCAAGCACUGGGAUUACAGGUGUAUAUGAACACACCCAGCUCUGUAUUUCUAUAUUCUUAAGCAUAUAGAAAGUUGUAAAUUCUUUGAAGAUAUGAGUCUUAUAAAAAAUGCUUUGUAAAAAAUAAUUUCAUUAUUGUUCUUUCAAUCAAGUGUACAUUCAGCGAGUAGUACACAAAAUUAUGAGAGUAUUUUAUAAGUAGUUGUUUUGAAGAACAUCCCCAAAUAGUACUUAUUUAAAUAUAGUCCUUAGCUUAAAUGUAUGGUGAUGGUGAUUAUAUUUUCUUUAAAAUAUUUUUAACAGUCAACUUUCUUCCUGAGACAAAUUGUUGUAACAAUUUGUUGUUAAAGGUGUUACUUCUAAGCAUGUAGUUCCUGAGCAGAGUUGCCUUGAAAGAUUGUAAAUUUCAAAUUGUGUUUACCCUCAACCAAAAGAGUUUUAAUAUACUUACAAAUUGAUGUCAGAAGUCAAGAAUCUGCUUGAAAAUAAAGACAUGCAACUUUA